GAUAUCGAAUUCGAACCCCAAAGCGGCGGCGGCGGCGGCUCUUCGUUGAGCAGCGAUGCUGCGAGCUAUCUCUCGCUUCCGAACGCCUCUCCGAUCUCUCCCUCAAACCCUUCCCUCCUUCUCUUCGCCCUCCUCUCUCUCUCCUUCUUCUUCUUCUUCUUCUUCUUCUGCUCCUCUUUCUUCUCCGUGCCUUCGGGACCUCGUCCGUGGCUCUCCACCGAUCCCUCGCCUCUGCUCUCCCUUCUCCUCCCGGCGGAAGCGGAGAGGGGGGGAAGAGGAGGGACGGGCGAAGGAGGAGGACGAUGUGUUGGGCGGCGUGUUCGUGUUCGGGAGGGACCCCACGCGGCCGCCGAGGCUGCUUGUAGUCCAGCCCCGCCUCCGCCCGGACUCCGUCCUCCAGUGGAAGCUCUCGGAGGCUCUCAACCUCGCCAACUCCCUCGAGGAGCCGCGGGAUGGGUUCUACGCGGAGGAUUUCUUGUCCAAAGAACUACCGCCCCAUCUCGUCGUGCAGAACCCGGGUGCCAAGGGACUCAGAGCACACGCAGACACAUAUUUUGGACCAGGGACUGUUGAAAAUAUCAAAUGCCAACUAAAUGCAUUGGAGUCAGAGAAUGAAAUAGAUGCAGUUUUUGUUAAUGCAAUUCUUUCUGGGAUUCAGCAGCGGAAUUUGGAGAUUGCUUGGAAGAAGCCAGUUUUAGAUCGUGUUGGCCUUAUCAUACAGAUAUUCAAUGCUCAUGCUGAAACAAAGGAAGCUAAACUACAGUCCGAGUUAGCAGCUCUCAUGUACAUGAAGACAAGGCUUGUACGUGUUAGAGGUGCUGGUGGACGCCUUGUUUUUGGAGCAAGUGGAGAAGCUGAGGUUGUUAGUGCCCGAGGGAGAGGAAGUGGGGGGCGUGGUUUCAUAAGUGGUGCUGGAGAAACCGAACUUCAGCUUCAACGUCGGAGAAUUCAAGAAAAACGAAAUCGUCUACUUUCUCAAAUUGAAGAGGUUCGGCGAACUCGAGCCUUGCAACGUUCUGCUCGGAAGAGGCAUGGGAGUUCAUAUGAUCAGGGCCUAGCUACUGUUGCUGUUGUUGGAUAUACAAAUGCUGGUAAAUCCACCUUAGUCAGUGCUCUUUCAGAAAGUGAUCUGUACAGUGAUGAUCGAUUAUUUGCGACAGUGGAUCCUCGAUUAAGAAGUGUAAUACUUCCGUCAGGGAGGAAGGCACUUCUUAGUGACACUGUAGGCUUUAUCUCAGAUUUGCCUGUACAGUUGAUUGAAGCCUUUCAUGCAACUCUGGAAGAAGUUGUCGAGGCAGACUUAUUAGUGCAUGUUUUAGAUUCGAGUGCACCUAAUCUUCAUGAGCAGCGGUCAACCGUACUGCAAGUACUGCAACAGAUUGGAGUGUCAGAGGAAAAGAUUCAGAAUAUGAUUGAAGUUUGGAACAAAAUUGAUCUUGUGGACAAAAACAUGGGAGCUGGUGAAUUUCUAGAUCAACAUGAUUGUCUAGGGGAAGGUGAAGAGGAAGAAGAUGGUGAAUUUUCAGUAGAGAAUGAUAUGGCAUCUGAGUUCUCAUCUGGCAAGCUUAUAGAUGAGGAUGACAUGGUCUCUGAGUUGUCACAAGAAGAGAAUCAGGAAAAUGUUGAUGAUAUGGCACCUGAAUUUUCUGAUGAGCCCAUAGGUGAAGAUGACAAGGCUUCUGAGCUGUCCGCAGAAGAGGGUCUGGAAGAUCUUGAUGAACAAGAAGCCGAGUCACCAGUAGAGUGGAAGAUGACAGAUCCUGCAAUACAUAAUGAAUCCCACAAUCCCAAUUGUGUGCAAACUUCUGCGGUGAUGGGAAUUGGCUUGCAAGAGUUACUGAACCUCAUUGAUAAGAAGUUGAAUACACAGACACCAUCUGAACAAGAGAAAUUUGGACCUUAUGAUAGGAAAUGGAGACCUUCGUAUGCUGCAGAUGGUGAGAAAGCAGCUGAACAAUAGGAUUUUACUCCAAUCCAAAGUUGAGACCUCUUUGAUCUCCUUGAUUAGCUGGCCAGUACCAAAAUGAUCAUGGUGCAUAUAUUCAUGGGAUUACUUUUCUCAAGAAGCUGUCUUGUUGGCUUUCUUGGUGAUAACUUGUUAACAAGGAAAUGGAGCACCAAUACUGUUCAGUUCUUAUGGAAGGACUUCUUACUCAUUCUUGUGAGUAACAUGUUAUUGUAUGCCGUUUCUAGACUAAGCUGAGAAUCAGCGCUAGCCCCCAAGGUUUUUGAAGUCGGCACUUGUUAGGAGUAUGUUGUUGCAGUAAUAAUUUGGUUUCCCCCCCAGUACACUAAGAAAAAA